GCGGAGUCAUCGUUUCCACAGCGAUGGUCGUCCGCGUUCUUUGCGGGACCACAUUUAUCCUGCGGAGAACUUUCCCCGUUUCCCGGAGGGAUUGUCUUGGGAAGAAGCGCUCCGGCUGAAGACCGGCGGUUCUCCGGUAACGGCGCCCGUGCUUCCUUUCAGAGCGGCGGGGAUGGAGGAAUGUUGCUGUCUGCUGGCGGCAGAUGAAAGUAUGAGAGCAUUAGGUUUUGAUUAGGCUCAGAUUGAAAUCGAGGCUUUCGUCGGCUUUAGCGGUUUCCCACCGGAACGGUCCGCUCGGUUCGCCUGUUGAAGAACCCACGCAAGAUUUCCACGCGUCUAAUGCGGUUUGUUUUUACGCAUGAUGCAUACAACAAAGAGCCCUUCUUCCCUCCCAAAAGCCUCUCCAGGAGAAGCUUUGGACCUCAGCCUGUCCGGGUCCCAGCUGUCCAUAUCUAAACGACCCAGCAGUGCAUCGCCGGGAAAGUGCUUCUCUCGGUCCAUAUCAGUGUCUGUGGCCGGUGACAGCAGGACAAAACGCAACCCUCUGGGUGAUGCCAACCUGGGCAGCUCCCGCUCCGUCAAGAACCUGAGACGUUCCAACAGCACCACUCAGGUUAACCAGCAGGCCACACUCAGCUUAAGUCCCGGCCAGACUGAGGAGUUCUCCACUCUGUUUGAAAGCAGCUCAGAUGGACGCAGGAAACUGGCGAGUUUAAGCAGGACAGAAAGAACCACGUGGAACAUUCUGGAUGACCAGCCCAGAGCCUCCGCUCACAAUACCGGCAGCAUGGAAUCGCCCACCAGCCUGAAAAAAAAGGAGCCUGGUGUCCCUUUAGCAGCGUCCUUCACUGCCAACAACAGGAGCAACAAGGGAACCGUGGGCAACUCGGUUACCACCAUCCUACACAAUAACUAUUCGGAAAAGCCUCUGACUCCCAAGAGCUCCAACCAAAAGCCGUCAUUCAACAACCUUCUGAAGGCUACAGCCAAUGACGAAGUGUCUCUGGAGAACAGCUCCGUCACCAAAUCCCAGAAGAAUUUCUGCUGCUCUUCAUCAGCGUCCAACAACAGAACCUCCGGUCCGUGCAGCCCUGCCUCGCCACGCCGGAGGGACGCCACAGAGGAGGAGGCUGAAAGGUUCAUCCAGCAGGUGAACCAGGCAGCGGUCACCAUUCAGCGCUGGUACAGACGCCACGCCAAGAAAAAGCACAGCAACAAGGCAGCGCUCAAACUCCUGCUCGCACGUAAAAAAAAGGAAUGGCAGGAGAAGAGAGCGGAGGACGCUCUCCAGGAGCAGCAGAGAAAACUGGAGGAAAGGAAGCAGCUUCGGGAGGAGAAAGCUCGGCUCGCUCGCCUCGCUGCCAUCCAGGAGCUGCAGCAGAAAAGACUCAAGCGCUCUGAGGCAGCGCAGCAAGCGACCGAGGUGCAGUCAGAAAACCUGAUGCAAGCUGGUACGGCGGAAGGGAAGAAGCUGCCGAGGAGCUGCUCUUCCAAUGACACGCCAGUGUUGCAGAGCAACAGCGUGAUGUCGCCCACACACACCAAAUCCACAAACACAGACUCCAACAUGGUGGCUGAGCUGGAAGAGCUGAGCUUCAGAGCCAUAUCUCCUGCUUCCUCCGGCCUCAGAGGCGUUGCAUGUUCUCAGGAGCAAACAGCAGGAGGAGAUGUUCCUCAGCAGAUUCAUAAAGAAAACUCUGGACUCAGCCGCCUUCACGCUGCUCAGGGGGGGCCGCAGAGAAGACCACAGCCGCUAUCAGCUGAAGGAGUGCAGGAAAACCUGAGGCAUUCUGCUGCGAGGGGACGCAAGAAACCGCUCCAAAUGUCUUCAACCAAGAGAAGUUCUCUGUCUGUCAGCCCGUCACCGAGCAACAACGGCCUGAUGUCACCAGCAGAAACCAAAACCAGGACCCCAGCUGAUGGGGGGGACGUCGGCUGCAGAGCUGCUUCUCCAGCCCUGUCCAAUCCCAGAGGGUUUCAGUGCUCUCAGGAGCGGGCUGUGAGCAUGGAGGAGCAACGUCGGGGACCUAGCGGACCUCCGUCUAAAACCACCCUCAACGAGCUGCUGGAUACCCUGAAGCUGCUGGAGGAGGAGGAGCCACAAAGGCUUCCAGGGCCAAAGUUCCACCACAACGACAAGUACGCCUGGAUCGACAAGGACGCCGACUCCAACUCUCUCACCACUGACAACUUGGAGCGCCACGGCCAGAUGAACCAUCAGACGUCACUGCCAGACGGGGGAGCGCUACUCUCAGAGGCCAAGCUGCAGAGCAUCAUGAGCUUCCUGGAUGAAAUGGAGACGUCAGAGCAGGAGAGACCCCGGUCCAUCACCUCAGGGUCUCAAAGAGAAGCGCUGCUCUCCGAGGACGAGCUGCUUGGCACUGAACAGGCGUCGGCCGAAGUCACCGGCUCGAUGAUGAGGUUGAAAAUGGAGCUGGAGGAGAAGAGGCGCAGCGUCAGCAUGCUGCAGACGGCGCUGGCCCAGCAGAGGGAGCUGACGGCGAGACACGUGAAGGAGAUGGAGCGGGAGCUGAGCAGGAGCUUCCAGCUCCAGAAGGAGCAAUACGAAGCCACCAUCCAGAGGCACCUGGCCUUCAUCGACCAGCUCAUCAGUGAUAAGAAAGCUCUAAGCGAGCGCUGUGAAGGCGUGGUCACGGAGCUGAAGCAGGUGGACCUGAAAUACACCCAGAAGAUUGCACAGAUGCAGCAGCAGCAUGAAAUGGUGUGGCACAUUCUCGGCCCCUUAUGUGAGGAAAUCAAGAAGUUAAAAGACCUCAUGAGUGCUUCAGAGAAAAUCCGGCGGGAAAGGUGGAUCGACGAGAAAACCAAGAAGAUCAAGGAGAUCACGGUGAAAGGACUGGAGCCAGAGAUCCAGAAGCUAUUAUCCAAGCACAAACAGGAGCUGAAGAAGCUGCGCACGCUGCAUGAGGCGGAGCUGCUGCAGGCGGAUGAACGCGCCGCACAGCGCUACGUCCGCCAGUGUGAGGAGCUCCGCCUACAGCUGGAGAAGGAGAAGGAGGAGCAAUGCCAGAGGGAGAGAGACCUGGCCAAGCAGCGCUAUGAGAAGCAGCUGCAGGAGGAGGAGUUGUCCCUGCAGCAGCAGAGGAGGCGCCUCUACAAGGAGGUGUCUGAUGACAAAGAGAGGCUGACCCAGCUAGCUGCCAGACAGCGCUCAGAGCUGGAAGACCUGCGGCGGCAGCUGGAGGAGAACAGCCGUCUGGCAGAGCGAGCUCUCCGGGAAGAGCUGGAGAAGAGCAGAGAAGAGCAAGAAAAGAGGCACCAGAUGGAGGUGAAAGUGUUACAAGAACGUCUGGACAUGGAAAAGCAGACGUGGGAAGAAAGUUUCAAGAACAAAGAGGAAGCAUGGAUGCUGAGUCGUGAACGCGAGAUGAAGGAAGAACUGCGGCGAGAACGAGACAAAGAGAUUGAGCUCGCCAUCUGGACCCUGGAGGAAGAGACCAGCAAAGACAAGGCAGAGUGUGAGCGUGCAGCUGACAACAGGGUGAGGCGGCUGAGGGAAAAGUACGAAGCCGAGCUGAGGGAGCUGGAGAGCUCCGAGAGAGCUGCUGUGGAGAAACAGCAGGAGCUGAGAAGGAAGCAGCUGGAGAUGGAGGAGCAGCUGGUCCGCCUGCAGACUUUGUUCAGGCAACAAGAAGCCGAGAUGGAAGGCGUCAAACAGACCAGGGACAAGCUAGCAGAGGAGCGCUGCAGCCUCACGGAGGUGAUAAGGCAGGAGUUUGCAGAGCGCCUGGUAGCAGCAGAGGAGGAGAACCGAAGGCUGAAGCUGGAGGUGUCUGAAGUGAGAGCCAGGCUGCGUCUGGAGGUGGACAGAGUCCACCAGGAGAAAGAGGAAGAACUGGCUGAAGUCCACCAACGGGUGAAGUCUGCCAUCCUGAAGAAAGAAGAAACUGUGAAGAACCUCAGAGGACAGUAUGAGGCUGCCUUGAAGAGGGCCGACCAUCUGGAGGCCCUGUGGGAGCAGCAGAGGAAGCAGCUGCUGGAGAAGUGAUGCACGGGACGGGCCGCACCCCCAGCCAGGACGGGAUCUGCAGCCCCCCCACCCGCACCCCUCCCUGAGUCCAUGUGGAGGCUGUGGGAGGACGCCUGCUGGAAGCAGUGGACAGUUGGACAGUUUCAGGCGUUUCACAAACCCCCCCCCCCCCCCAGUUUGCUGGUUUGCAGGCGGGGGCUGUUUCCCAUUUACCUGUUUCCAUACCGACCAAAACAUUACCCCCCCCCCUUCUGGGCAGAACGGAGACGGGUCAGAAUGUUUAUGAAGAGAGAACAGAGGGAUGUUGGAGCAGCUGAAGGAAAGACGAGAAGACGAAGGAAGAGAGGAGGUCAAAGGUCAAAGCAAAGUAUGAGAGGAUUAAGAAGACAGAGCGGGGGGCGGGGUCAAAAAUAGAACCGUCCUGACAGAGGAAGUCAGACUUCACAUGUGGAAGUAGAGGGUUACAGCGGUCGUGGCUGAGCGGCGUGGGGAAUCAGCUGACAGGAAACUGGGGCAACGGCGCCAAAGACGGACGCCGGUCCCAAAGAUCCACCUUUUUUUUUUCUUUCCUCUAUUUAUUUCAGAACCUGAGUCCGUGCUGUGAAAAGGCCCAGGAUGUGAGGACGCUGUUACUGUUUCUUCCUCCUGAACACUCACAGUCCUGAUGACGUUGGGGGCGUGGCUUUGGCGACAGAACGUUAGACUGCAUUUCAACAGAUGCGUCAGAAACAGUGAGGCGCUCGCUGUCACAUGCUUAUCAUCACUCGGUCACAAGGACGCUAUUCUGAAGCUGGCGACUCCGCCCACUCGCCCCUCGCAUAAGCCUGUGCAGAAGUGCAGAUCACUCCCCGUGUGUGUUUGCUGGUCCUGCCCUGACCCGGCGUGACCUCACACAGCCGCUUUGUGUUCUAUAACGCUGUGAAAGAAUAAACGUUUGUAAAACUGC